AUGUCUCUAUUCAAUUCCCUCCAUUCUACUGCCCAGAGCAAGAAACAAAAAAGAAACACGAAGAAAAGAACGCGACAGCAAGCUCACCUUGCGCCUGACGAAGCGCCUACCCUCGUCAAGACAACGGAAGCGGGGAGGGAAGCCGCUCUGCCCUCGUUCCCCGAGGGUCUGUCGUCGCUGGUGUCGUCGGCACCUUCCACGCACACCGUAGACUCCAUCUCCAAAUCAACUAUUCUAGAUGGACCUUUCAUCCUCUUCAACACGGGCACCACGCAUCAAUCCAGCCCCAGACAACACAUAUCCUCCUUCGGCCACCCCCUGGUCGAGCUUCGUAACUUCGGCCGCACUAUACACCCGUCUGAUCUCUCCGUCGACACCUGGAUAGAGUCAGUCGAGGCCUUCGGUGCUUGCGUCGGAACACUCCUCAGCAACCCUCCGAGGAUCAUGACGCCCACACUACGCUUCGCGAGUCUCAUGCCACGGCUGCAAAAUAUUCUUUUGAUGGACUUCACUUCCCUCCGGCUAGCCGUCGAGGCAUCUGCGAACUCGAUUGGCUUUGUGCCCCGCGUCCCUCUUUACUCGAUUGGAAGAAUAGUUUCUCUCUUCCAGCGUCGUAGGGAUUAUGCCGGCAGUUUUGGUUUAUCCCAUCCGUCGCUUGGCGAGGCAAACACCUUCCAAGUCCUCGACGUCAACAUCCUCUUCGACUUGGAAGACCUACGAAGAAUUCUCCGAGCCCCACCGAUUUAUCUAGGAAUCGGCGCAUUUGCUUUCCCCUAUAGUGCAGGAGGGGUAUUCACGAUAUUUGCCGUGCCCUGCAAACAGACCGAAAUGGAGACCUUCAAGGAACUUGUGCAUGACGCUGAAUAUGUAGGAUACACGGUUGAGCUCGUCUGCCUGGCGAGCCACGCGAAGUUCUUCAGACACAUGGCGGAUAUAAUGAUAGGGGUUAAUCUGGUUAUUAUGGAGGAUCUGGUUGAAGAGUAUGUGGGGGGGCCAGACAGGGUUGGAAGGAAGGCGAGCAGCGACUCGGUCGAUACCUGCGUCACGUGUUCCUGUGCCGGAGAGAGUGUAGCAGACGAUUAA